CGCACCCACAUGACUUUUUUCUCCACGUAGUAUUUUGUGAGUCGACAGUUUUGAGGCGGAGUAAUGAAAUAAGGAUCAAUAUGGCUGCAGCAGAAGAGCAUAACAGACCACUGUUUGAUGGUCUUUCCAAUGUGUCUGUGGCUGACAACAUUCCAGUGGAGGGUGAAAUCACAAUUCCAGUACCAUCUCAGUCACAAGAUGAUGACAGUUCUACGCUAGAUGAACCAGUUAAAGACACAAUUAUGCGAGAUGUGAAAGCAGUGGGGAAGAAGUUUGUCCAUGUGUUGUUUCCUAAAAAAAGUAGUGCUCUUCUCAGAGACUGGGAUCUCUGGGGUCCAUUAAUCUUGUGUGUUUCAUUAGCACUCAUGCUGCAGGGAGGUUCCACUAACAGUAAAAAAGAUGACGGAGGUCCUCAGUUUGCCGAAGUGUUUGUGAUUAUUUGGUUUGGAGCUGUUGUCAUCACCCUCAACUCCAAACUGCUUGGAGGCACUUUAUCCUUUUUCCAGAGUCUCUGUGUUCUAGGUUAUUGUAUCAUGCCACUGACAGUAGCCAUGGUUGUAUGCCGACUGAUAUUUUUAGGAAGCAGCGGGAAAGUUGGUUUUGCAUUCAGAUUUGUUGUGGUGGUCACUUCUUUUGGCUGGUCCACAUUUGCAUCUACUGCAUUUCUGGCUGACAGCCAGCCCCCAAACAGAAAGGCUUUGGCUGUUUACCCUAUUUUCCUUUUCUACUUUGUGAUUGGUUGGAUGGUCCUCACAUUUGUGCCCUCUAGCAAAUGAAGAACACUGGACAUAAACAUGCUGUUAAGGACACUUUAUUCAAGCCCCAUCUGAUGAUUUCUGGAUGAUUUUUGUUGGAAGACAUGAAGGAACAAGCUAAUGGACUUACUAGCUAGUUGCGGGAUUUGAGAUCAGUGUAUAAAGCAGAAGAGUGCCUACUACUUUAUAUGGGCUUCUGUCCCCUACUCUAACCAGUGGAGCACUGUAAACUUUUAAAAUUGUCAGCAGCCUGUUGUUUUAGCCAUUGACCUUUUUGAUUUGUUGAUUUGUUUACGGACUGCAUCUUGUAGCAGAAUAUAGGAAUUUCACAGCAAGUAUUUUAGAAGGAGAGUUGCUGAAUGACCAAGUCUAGGAGGAAUGGUUUGAUGAAUUACAUUUCAGAAAAAAUAAACGCUGUAGAACCCACCACGUUGAAGAAAUUCAAUCGAGAAACAUGUCAUAAAUCCACAAGAUAGUUUUAUUUGAGUUACAUUUCAAUAUAUUUUGUUUCAAGAUAAAUGUUCAGAGUUUUUCUGGAAAAAAAAGAAAAAGGCAAAUACUUGCGGUUAAAAGCAGUGUUGAUAUGUUUAUUUUAGAGCUUAAAAGUAUUCACCCGACUUUGAGGUAUGUUAAAUGUCUCGCUCUCCUCUGUAAGAUAUGUGCUUCAGUAGGGUGAUGGUGACAUAAAUGAGGUAACACUUUGCACAUUAAAUAUAUGAUAUGAUAUGUGAUUUAACACUGCAGCUUUAUUCUGUCCAUAUAUGCAAAAAUUGUUACCCAUCUACAUGUGUUGCAAUCUUGACACAUUUAUUUUGAACAAAAUAAGUUUUCAUAUGUUUCAUCCGGAUGGCUUAGUUUAGAUAUGCUUGCAGGUGGAACAGUCUAGGAUUAAAGCAUGAGCAUUCAGCAUGCUUCUGAUGAAUGUUAAGCUUUAGUUAGCAUGAGGCAGUUCGUACUUGUGAGUAGUAGUCUUGAUGGUUCACUGAAUAAUGCUGAAGUAAACUUGGCCACUGCUAUUUUCCUGAGUGUCUGUAAAAGGUUCGAGGACCAAAUUCCUGAUCCUCUUGACUGUAGUAGGGACUGUACAUGUUAAUAGAGGCAGUAUAUACUCUGAGGUUGUGAUAUGUUGGAAGUAUUCUGUUUAUUGUGAGUACAGCAAUACCAGAGUAAUAUAAAAUGUAGUAGUGGUGUCAGAUUGCAGCCCUGUUGUGAAAAAAAAUAAUUUUAAUGUUAGUGCAUUAAGUUUCAUCUUAGUCUUUUUCUAUAGAAAUAUGUUUUCCUUAUCUGAAGGUCUUUUUCUAUAGAAAUAUGUUUUCCUUAUCUGAAGUUACAAAUCUCAGAGUUAUGGGUCUUGCAUAUCUGGUAAGGAUUCCAUUUUGUCUGGUAUUCAGUAUGUCAUGGACCUGAAGCUUUGACUGGUACUUUUGCCAGAGACAAGCCAAUUGAAUUUCCUCUUAUAAGAGUGGAUUCAUCCCCUUCUGUUCUCCUCACUUGUGUAACGUGUACAGGUCCACAUAGCCGUGGGAAGUUUGUUUUCCUUUUCCCCAGCAUUAUGUCACCUCAAAGUUGUAAUAUAUGUUGGGGUGGGGGGUCCAAAGUACUUUUUCUUGCUGACAUUUUUGGGAAUAUGCCUCAUUUUAAGUAAGUUUUGGUGAGGGUUGUAUUGAAGAAUGGCAUUCAUCACUUUGCGUUUCCAUUUUGUGUAAUGGACAUGUACAUUUGUGGAAAUGCAUCUCUUCAGCAGAACUGUAACAUUCGGUCACUUAUGGGGGAGGAGUUGUUGCAAGCCAAAAUGAAAGCUGCUUAUACACGUUGAUAUUUGCUGCUACUUUUUCUUCUAUUCAGCCACCUUUGCUUCUUAAUGUUUUGAGCAUAUUUUGAUUUAGUAAAUCCUGUUUAUGUAGAAUAAUGUUUGCUUCUUUCUGAAGUAAAUGGCAUUAUGAAAUAAUUGUUGUUAGUUCAGUUAUGUGCCAUCCUGUCCUGCCAUGGUAAAAUGACCUGUUCUGUCUGAAGUGGAAAAAAAAAAAAAGGCUGCGUGUUAAAUAGCCACCCACCCACCCACUGCACCAUGAAUGUUGGCUUGGAGUACUAGUUCUUAGAAAUGAAGCUUAUUAACAUGGUAAGAAGUUAGUUAUGAGCUGGGUAAUUCCCUCUGAAAGUUAGAAAUGUUUUAAUGCUUUUUUAAAUUUUUUUAAUUCAUCCAUAAUUUUCUGUUCUUUCCCAGUGAGGCUGGCGUAGUAGGUAGUAUAAACGGCAAAAACACUAAAGAGGUUAGCAACACUGUAUCCUUACGUUAAAAAAAAAUUCCCACAUAAAAAAUUGCAGCACUGUUGAACAUCCCUUUUCAGUGGCAACUGCAUUGGCUUGUUAAAUGUAGAAAAUUCCCACGUAAAAAUCACUGCACUGUUGAACAUUCAUUUUCAGUGGCAAUAGCAUUGGAUAUUUAAAUGUAUAGCUCAUAUGGCCUGUCAGAUUUAGCACCAGUGCUGCUUUGAAAUCCAGCUACUGUUUGGUACUGCUGCACAUCAUGGCAGCUUCUUCAGAAUGAUGGGAUUGGUACUGUCUUGGUAAUUUGUUGUAUGCUGUAAUAUUGUUAGUCUUGUACAGUGUCGCUUGUUUACAGGCUCUUUUUCUUAAAUGCCACAGUGGCCUGAGCUGAAUAGUAAUAGUAUGAGGAGGACCUUUUUAGCCCCUUCUCUAUCUUUUUGGCUGACAUUGUCAUAGGUUUAUUCUUAAUGGUGCUCAGUGCAGGCCUUUUAGUAGCCAAGUUUGACAACCAUACUUUGACUGUGUGUCAGUCAUUUGUAGGUCAUUCUGAGUUACCCCUUUUUUAUUCCCAAAGAUAGCGAUCCUCAUUAAAGCAACAAAUCCACUCAAGAUGGCUUUUUUAUCUGAACUAGGUUCCGGGAAGCUGUAUGUAUGUUCAUGCUUUUUUUUCUUUUCUUAUUGUUUUCAUUUUUAAUGACCACAAGUGUAUAAUCAGAAUUUAGAGGGGACCUGUUUAAUACUUAAAGGUAGUACUAGACAGAUAUGAAUUAUAUAUAACUGUAACCGAAUGUGUAAUGGAUCCUGUUGUGCUUAUUCACACCUUUGUGUACUGUUGUAAGAUUAAUGUAGAAUUGACACUGGGAAUUUUUUUUAUCAUUGCUUUAAAGUGUGAUUUUACAUUUUUAA